AGAACAGAACUAUGUGAGGUUCCCAAAUGAUUACGAGGACUCCGUCACCGUUGAAGAUCUUGGAUUCAAAGUAAGAAAUGAUGUGUGUGAGAAGAGACCUUUGAGCAAGACACGCAGAUUCAUAUGCGGUGACUAUGUCUUCAUUUGGAGAUUUCUCACCAAUCUUGGCUUCCUCCAGGAGCAAAUCAGGUUCGCAACAAGCAUGGCAGGCGAGACUACGAGCUGGGCGCUAGGAUUCGCGCUGAGCCUUGGUUAGGAGAGGGAUUCCUCCAAGAGCAUCUCACUGAAUAUGACAACUUUGAGAGGAGCGAUAAACCUGAAGCGAUUCGAGGCUCGUCCAUGUCGAUGGGCAGAAUGCGUAGAAGCAAGGCCCGAGGAGGAAUUCGACAUCUUCGACGUGCCCAACCUCGGCACGGUGCUUCCCGGGACUUUCUGGCUGAAUAGGUCAGUGAAAGCGGACAUUGUGGAACAUCUCGCUGAUAUCGAGCUGAACGAGCCCAUAGGCCAAGGAUCAUUCGGAACAGUUUUCAAAAUCACGGCUGGGACCCAUUUUGGAGCCCUGAAGUGCGUCCAGAAAUCGCAAUCCGAGGAGGACCAACAAAGAGAAUUAGUAAAAGUCAAGUGUGAAUUCAAUGCUUGGAGAGUAGUCGCCAGCCAUCCGAAUGUGAUUACAUUGCUUGGGUUCUUCGAGACAAACCGGAACUGGUGUUUCCUGAUGGAAUUCGCGCCAACGGGGAGCCUCAGCCAAUACCUGAAAGAGAUCGAUGGUCCCAUGACCGAACCACAGUCGAUGCGCCUGGCGGGUCAGUUGGCUCAUGCGGUCCAAUGCGUACACAAGAUGGGCUACUUACACCGUGAUCUCAGUUGCUCGAACGUCCUUCUGUGUCCUUCGAAGUCGGCGACCCGGCUCCUCGAUGCGAAGCUCACCGAUUUCGGCUUGAGCAUACGGGGUCACGUUUCGAGCAGCAGAUGCGGAUCGCUCGCGUACAUGUCUCCUGAAGUCUUGGAGAAAUCCCCUUAUGGUGUUGGGGCAGACUGGUGGUCCUAUGGUAUAAUACUGUACUCGAUGUUCGUUGGCAAGACCCCGCUGUCGAUCUACGCAAGGAAAAGAAUAGACUUGGCCAUUCUUUCGAGAGAUAAAAGGUACGAGUUGGCGAAAAAUGUUACGAUACACAUCAGCCGACGUCUGAGCUCAAAUCAAAGAUCCCUUCUCAUCGACCUUCUCAAAGAUGACCCAAGCGAGCGUCUGGGGGUGAAACAAUUCGAGGGCAAAAAUGACGAACCCGGUGACGAAUUCGACGGAUUCAAGAAUCAUCCAUUCUUCAGAACUUUCAAUUGGAAUCGAUACACCGAAGUCGAGCAACGCAUCCUGGGCUCUAAAAAGAAAGGGGCCUCAGAAGAAGACCUCGCUUUGCCGCAGGCUAUAAACGACAGAGCUCUACGCUCCCCAAAAUUAAAAUUCCCAGCCGACAGGAGCCUGAGUGACGAAUAAAGAAGCGUGGAGGCAUU